AUGUUUCACCUCAAAUCAGGGGAGAAUGACCACAGCAUGGCUGAAGCGGUUAAGUUUUUCAAGUCACAACUUGAUGGAAAUGAGGAGAACUAUGCGUUUUUAAAGAUAUUGAGGCCCCACUGUGAAUCUUUACUUAAGCACAUGGUGUCAGGGUUUAGGUCGGAUCAAAGCUCUUUCAUAGAAAGGUUCAUCCCCUUUGUAGGUUUGGAUAUAGUUAAUGAUUGGCUAUUUAACCUUGCCAGUAUCUAUCGAAAGCAUUCUUAUUUCUUCUUUGCGAAAGAUGUGGUCGAUUUCGCAAGCAACCUACUGGAGAACAUAAACGAAACUAUUUCAGGUGCGUUCAUGAAAGCGAGGAUUUUCGACAUUAGUGGUAUAGUGUACAGAGACAUUGGGGAAUACAAUCAAGCUAAAGAACUUCACAUAAAAGCUCUGAUGAUCAACCAAAAGACAUUCAGUGAAGACCCUGCCUUUGACAAUGACAAUCUGGCUUCAGUGUGUAACAGUCUGGGAGAAUACGAUCAAGCCAAAGAAUUUCACGAAAAAGCACUGACGAUUUACAAAAAGAUUUUCGGUGAAGAUCAUGGCUCUGUAGCGACAAGUUAUAACAACCUUGCAUUAGUUUACGAAGGCCUUGGAGAAUACAAUCAAGCCAAAGACUUUCAUGAAAAAGCGCUGAUGAUCUUGAAAAGGAUUUCUGGUGAAGACCAUGCUUCUGUAGCAACAAGUUAUGGCAUCCUAGCAUCAGUGUGCAACUGUAUGGGAGAAUACAAUCAAGCCAAAGAACUUCACGAAAAAGCACUUACGAUUUGCCAAAAAAAUUUCGGUGAAGAUCAUACCGAUGUGGCAACAGGUUAUAACAACCUUGCAUUAGUGCACGAAAACCUGGGAGAAUACAAUCAAGCCAAAGAUCUUCACGAAAACGCGCUGAUGAUCCGGAAAAAGACUUUUGGUGAAGAUCAUGCCUAUGUAGCAACAUGUUAUAGCAACCUGGCAUCAGUGUACAACAGCCCGGGAAAAUGCAAUACAGCUAAAGAAUUUUUGGAAAAAGCCCUGAUGAUUCGCAAAAGGAUUUUUGGUGAAGAUCAUGUCUCUGUAGCAACAACAUAUAACAACCUGGCAUUAGUGUACGAACGCCUGGGAGAAUACAAUCAAGCUAGAGAACUUCUCGAAAAAGUGUUAAUGAUUUACGAAAAGAUUUUCCGUGAAGACCAUGCUUUUGUCGCAACAGGUUGUGACAAUUUGGCAUCAGUGUACAACAGCCUUGGAGAAUAUAAUAGAGCCAAGGAGCUUCACGAUAAAGCACUGAUGACUCGCAAAAAGAUUUUCGGUGAGGUUCAUGCCGAUGUAGCAACAAGUUAUAACAACUUGGCAUUAGUGUUUGAAAGCCUUGGAGAUUACACUCAAGCCAAAGAACUACACAAGAAAGCGCUGGUGAUCUGGCAAACUAUUUUUGGGGGUGAUGACCAUUCAUCUGUAGCAACAAGUUAUGGCAACCUGGCGUCAGUGCACAACAGCCUGGGAGAACAUAAUCGAGCCAAAGAACUUUACGAAAAAGCACUGACGAUUUACAAAAAGAUUUUCAGUGAAGAUCAUGCCUCUGUAGCAACAACUUAUAACAACUUGGCAUUAGUGUACAACAACCUAGAAGUAUAUAAUCAAGCCAAAGAGUUUCUCGAAAAAGCGUUGGUGAUCUGGCAGAACAUUUUCGGUGAAGUUCAUGCCUCCGUAGCAACAUGUUACGACAACAUGGCAUUAGUGUACGACAGCCUGGGAAAAUACAGUCAAGCCAGAGAACUUCACGAAAAGACGCUGAUCUGGAAAAAGAUUUUCGGUGAAGAUCAUGCCUCUGUAGCAACAAGUUAUAACAACUUGGCAUUGGUGUACGAAAGCCUAGGAGAGUACAGUCAGGCCAAGGAACUUAACGAAAAAGCGAUGAUGAGGUACAAAAAAGUUUUUGGUGACGAUCAUCCUUAUGUAGCAACAAGUUAUGACAACCUUGCUUCAGUGUACAACAACCUAGGAAACCAAACUAAAGCCAAAGAAUUUCGCGAAAAAGCACUGAUGAUUCGCAAAAAAGAUUGUCGAUGA